AUGGCGCCGGUCAUCCUCCGCAUGGACGUGCACUGCUACGGCUGCGCCGGCAAGAUCCGCAGGGUCGUCAAGAACCUCCUCGGGGUGGAGGAGGUGUGGGUGUCGGUGGACACGGGGCUGGUGGUGGUGGCCGGGACGGCGCUGGACGCCUCGCUGCUGCGGUGGCGGAUCCAGACCAGGACGCGGAGGCCCGUCACCGUCGUCAGCGACGGCGCGGACCCGGAGCCGCCGCAGCCGCAGUACCAGUACGCCGCGCCGCCGCCGGGGUACCCGCAACACUACCACUACAGAGGGACGAUGCAGUACAUGGGCCCGCCGCCUUCGGCGCCGCCGCCGGACGCCGCCUACCCUUACUACUACGGCGGCGGCGGCGGCUGGGUACCCGCGCCCGCGCCGCAGCACCUGCUCCAGUACGUGCCGACGACGACUUGGGACGGCUACUUCCCCUCGCGCCAGUACGUGCCCAACCAGGCCCCCAUCUGCUUCAACGACGACAACCCCAACGGCUGCUGCGCCGUGCAGUGA